UGCCUGGCAGAGCCAGCUGGCCAGCCCCAGGCAUGCCCUGUGGAUGCUCAGGUACAAGACUGAAGGGAGGGAGACUAGAAAGCAUAUUCAGAAUUAGACAAUAAUGAUAAAAGAGGGACAGACUCAGGUAAAGGGAAGAAUCCAGCGGACUCCAGGGCCUGUACACUUCACCAUGCUCUUCAUGGUGUUUGGUGAGAAGUUAGAUGGCACAAAUCCUGGAGAUGUCAUCAGCAAUGCUAUUGUUUACUUUGAUGACAACGCAACUGGCACCAUUCAGGAAGAUUAUCUGAGAGAGCUGCUCACAGGAAUGGGAGGUAGGUUUACAGACAAGAAAGUGGAGGAGCUGUACAGAGAAGCACCCACUGACAAAAACGGAAGUUUCAAUUCCAUUGGGUUCAUAAGUAUCUUUAAACAUGGAGCUAAAGAUAAAGAUGAUUGAAAGAACUUUAGCUCAAACUGUCCAAUUGCUUUGUCUUACUGUGUAUUC